UAAGGGCUACGAGGUAACUUUAGCUAGUUGUUGAUUGUGCGAGCACUGUAACCACGUACUUUGCUGUAACGUUAGUGUAGCUCAGCUAACGUCAGCCUAAUGAUCUGACAAUAAAGCAUUUUACCAGCUCGCUAGACUGUAACAUUAUCGGGAAUCGUUUGUGAGCGAUUGUUGUCAGUUAAAACCAUGAAUGUAGCCAGGCAGUUAGCUAGCUGGCGAACGAUUUCAACUGUCACCAUAGUACAGUAGUCUUUGAUCACGACUCAGUCCCAUCUCAGUCCCAUUACAUUACACAUAAGUAAUUGGACAAAGGUGUAUUGUAGGGGGGAGUUUUGUGAAGAUCCCCGACGUUCGGUCUGAACAUUAACAUGCAUUGCUUGCGGUACGGAUUUGGACGCAUAAGGACUUGUCUUUCAUAUCAGCAAGACAUUUUUAAAAAGGCAGAACAACUUGAUUCCAUGAAGACAUCCUCCACAUGUGAAGCUCUUCAUUGGCUCACAGUAUUUCAUCCUCUCUGCCCCCACUGUCUUCAAUGAUGUAGGUGUGCUUGAUCGUCUGUGCAGCAGUUCCUUGUUAAGGGCCAUUUCCUAUUGCCUUCUGUGGAUUUCUGCCCAGACCUCAAUGUCUCCCUUCCCUCACACUUUACCACCCUGAGUCUGGAAACGUCACAUCUCCUGAGUAGAACCAGUGAGUCUGCCCCAUCCAGUCCCUGGUUGAACAGUCCACCUGAAUCCACUCCCUCCACCCUAAGGCCAUGCUGUUCUCCCUGCAGGAGCUGGUCCAAUGGCUGGGCUUUGCCACGUUCGAGCUCUUCCUCCACCUGGGGGCUCUGCUGGUCUUCAGUGUGCUAGUAGCGCUGCGGGCUGACCUGUUUGCCCCUGGCAUGAGCUGGUGGCUGGUCUUCGUCCCUCUGUUUGCCGCUGAUGGCCUCAGCACCUACUUCACGGCUAUUGUAUCCAUCCGGCUGUACCAGGAGAAUGAGAAAAGGCUAGCAGUGCUGAGGCUGCUGUGGGUGCUGAUGGUGCUCGGCCUCAAGCUGGUGUGUGAGGUGCUGCUGUGCCAGAAGUUGGUUGAGCAGGAACAGGCACGCGACCUGUGGUUUGGUCCUAUCGUCUCACCGCUCUUCAUCCUCCUGCAGCUACUGAUGAUCCGCGCUUGCCGUGUCAACUGAUUCCAAGGGCGGUGUGAUGAGGGCAGGAGUCGUUUAUCAUCCAUAGAAGAUCCAGGUUUAUUCAUACUAGGUGACUGUUUUAAUUAACUGACUAUUGAGAAAUAUUUUUUGGACUAAUGGCUGGAGAGAUGAAGGUCACAGGCUUCCCCUCCAUUUCUAACCUUGUCUGAGGACAGUGUGACAGAAUGUGUUUUCCAUGAGCAGUCCUUUGUCAGUAUGGCUCUCCUGGACAUUGCUUCCUGUGGAUGCCUUUUUUUGUAUUUGAUCUGUUAUGGACCUCUUGCUCAAGCAUGUAUUGAUGGCCUCAUUUUAUCCUUCAUUUUAAUUCAUUUCCUUAUCUGAUGCGGGAGAGGGACAUUUGAGAAUUGAAGUAAUCGGUCUUUUGAAUUUGGUAAGACUGUCUGCAGCUUUGUUUGUUUUAGCCCAUUUAUUAUGUUCUUGUUUUUGUUACCCUUGUUGUGUUUCUCUAUACAGUACCAAUCAAAGUACCUUAUCCUCUGCAGCAGAUGUAACUCUGGGUCUUCCUUUCCUUUGGCGGUCCUCAUGAGAGCGCUUGAUGGUUUUCGCGACUGCACUUUGAAGAAGCUUUUCUGGAUUGACUGACCUUCAUAUCUUAAAGUAAUGAUGGACUGUCAUUUUUCUUUGGUUAUUUGAGCUGUUCUUGCCAUUAUAUGAACUUGGUAUUUACCAAAUAGGGCUAUCUUCUGUAUACCACACCCCUACCUUGUCACAACACAACUGAUUGCCUCAAACAAAUUAACUUUUAACAAGGUACACCUGUUAAUUGAAAUGCAUCCCAGGUGACUACCUCAUGAAGCUGGUUGAGAGAAUGCCAAGAGUGUGCAAAGCUGUCAUCAAAGUGUGGCUACUUUGAAGAAUCUCAAAAAUAAAUUGUUUAACACUU